AUGGCCAUGGAUGGUGAUUUAGUUAAAUACUCAUCGUCAUCGUUUGCUGCUCCACCAGCUAGAAGAUGGACGUAUGAUGUGUUUUUAAGUUUUCAUGGCAAAGACACUCGAAACAACUUUACAGACCAUCUUUAUGCAGCUCUGGAUCAAGCAGGAAUAUACACAUUUAAGGAUGACGAGAAGCUUCAGAGAGGGAAGCCAAUCUCCACAGAACUUGUGAAAGCAAUUGAAGAAUCGAUGGUGGCGGUGGUGGUCUUCUCCAAAAAUUAUGCAAACUCUAGGUGGUGUUUGGAAGAACUUUCCAAGAUCAUCGAAUGUAGGCAUCUGAUGGGACAAACCGUGUUACCAGUAUUCUACCAUGUUGAUCCAUCAGACGUCCGUGGACAGAAGGGAAGUUUUCAGGCAGCAUUCAAAAAGCAUGAAGUGAAAUUAGCAUAUGAUAUGGAGAAAGUGAAAAGGUGGAGGGGAGCUUUAGAGGCCGCUGCCGGUUUAUCAGGAUGGCAUGUACACGGAACGGCCAGUGGGCGUGAAUCUGAAUGUAUCAAACAAAUUGUACGGAAUAUCUUGAGCUAUAUGGAAUCUCGUAAUUGUCCAGAUAAUCUUGUUGGGAUGGUAUCACGUGUAGAGCAUGUGAAGUCAUUGUUUGCUAAAGGUGCGGCUGAUGUUCGCAUGAUAGGAAUUUGGGGAAUGGGUGGAAUAGGGAAGACAACAAUUGCGAGAGCUGUGUAUCGUCAAGUUUCGUACGAGUUUGAGGGCAGUAGCUUUUUGGAAGGUGUUAGAGAAAAUGGUUCUGAUAAGAAAGGUCUCAAAACGUUACAAGAGAAGAUUCUUUCCGAAAUCUUAAUGGAACCAUAUUUUAGAGUAAAAGAUUGUGAUGACGGGAUCUGUCAGAUUCAAAGAAGACUUUGCCGUAAAAAGGUUCUUGUUGUUUUGGAUGAUGUUGAUAAUAUGGAACAACUUGAAUUCUUGGUUGGUUCUCAUGGCUGGUUUGGCCCUGGUAGUAGAAUUAUGAUAACAACCAGAGACGAGCAUUUGUUAUCAUAUGCACAAGAGAAAUAUGCACCUGAAUUGUUAAGAGAAAAUGAAGCUAUGGAACUCUUUAGUAGAUAUGCAUUUAAAGCAAACUUACCUCCAAAAGCUUAUGAGGAUGUAUCAGGUGCUGUAGUAAGUCACACAGGACACCUUCCUUUAGCCCUUAAAGUUUUAGGCUCUCAUUUUUAUGGUAGGAAUUUGGGCUUUUGGCAGAGUGCAUUGAAUGUGUUGGCCAAAGUACCACAUAAGGAAAUCAGUGCGAUUCUAAAGAUAAGUUUUGAUGGACUGAACAUCCUUGAAAAAAAGAUAUUCCUACACAUUGCAUGUUACUUCAAUGGUUGGCAAAGAGAUUAUAUCACAGGAAUUCUUGAGUGUUGUGGCUUUGAAGCUGUAAGUGGAAUAACCUUGUUGAUCGAAAAAUCUCUUUUGACUGUUUCACAUGGAAUUGGGCCACAUGAAUAUCUUCAUAUGCAUGAUCUCAUUCAAGAUAUGGGUAGGUUUGUGGCCUCCGAAUGCAAUCCAUACAACAUGAUGGAGAAUCCAGAUGAAAUGAUAGAAGUAGUGACCGCACCAGAUGUAAGUCAUCUUAAUAUCCACACUAUAUUAUAA